AACAGUGUGACACUCAGCGGAAGUAAACAACACAAGCGCUAGUAGCGUGUUGAAGUAGCUGGACGAAGGUAUUGUUGUCGUAACUCCACUGAUAAUUUUAUCUGUAUUAAGCAUCAAUGUCUUCAUUUGAGUGUUUGAGGGAGUUUGUGAACGAGCGACUAUCUGCCGCUGCUGAAGAAAUAUUCGGAGUCUUUAAGAAAACUAUCAUCGAGUACGAGGAAGAGAUCGACCGUCAGCGCAGACUGCUGGUUGCUGCUUGCAGACCCAUACAGAUACUCAGGAUAGUAACACAUUCUGGUGUGACAUGUAUGAUUGGCUCGAGCCUUAUCUCCAGUCUCCCUCCAGUUUCAUUAGAGAGCUCCCACAGCAACAUGUCUGUAAGGAGGAAGAGGAGGUUCUCGCUGACCAGCAGCUCUGUGUUCAGGAGAGGAACUGCAGUCUGGACCAAGAGGAGCCAGAACCUCCACAGAUAAAAGAGGACCACAGAGAACCAGAGCCAAGCAGAGACCACCAGCUCCUCUCUCACAACAUUCAUGUAUCUGAGAGCCAAGAUCAGACAGGAGGCAAGCAUGAAGACUCAGGAUCAACUAGAGUUGCAGAAUCAGAGCCACAGAGAGAGAGACCUCACAAAAGUGAAAGUUACAGUAACAAUGUAUACAACUCUCUCAGGUCAGACUUUAACUCUAAUGCUCACAUACGUAAAACACUUUUCCCAUGUGAUACUUGUGGGAAAACAUUCCAUUGGAAGUCCUGUUUUAAAAUACAUUUAAGAUCCCACACAGGUGAGAAGCCAUAUACUUGCAAAACAUGUGGGAGCGCAUUCAGUCGUAGUGAUCAGUUGACAGUGCACAUGAAAAAAGUCCACAAAGGUGAGAAGCCAUACCUUUGUAAGACCUGCGGGCAAACAUUCAUAACCAUAUACCAAUUAAAAAAGGCAUAGUGUAAUCCACACACAUAAACUGGUAUACAGCUCUGACCUGCUGACAAACUUAAAACACACGUCUUGAUAGAAAAAUUUAAUGUUAGUUUCCGGGGAAACUGCUUUUGGGAAACCUUUCAAACAGAAUAGUACCUUGAAAAGCCACAUAGAAACCCACACUAGUGAGAAGCCAUUGCUCUGCAAAGAUAUUUUGAUGCGAUGUCUCAAUUGACAAGGCAUAAAAGAGAUGAUUCACUUCCGGUGGUUUGUGGUCAGAACACAUGAAAACUCACAGAAGUAAGGAGCCACAUAAUUACACAGGAGAAACCAUCUAGCUUUGUGCAAUGUUUGUUGUACAGUGAGGUCAUUGUUUCUGCAAAUGUUUGACCUGUUACAUGAUUAUUUUAGUUUUUACUAAUUAUAUUAACUACCGCAGAGCUGAAUGUUGAAGCUGAGAAACGCUCUAUUUUUUUUUUUUUUUUUUUUUUGUCUGCAGGAUGGCCUCUAAUUUUACAAUUUUAGGUAUUUUGUGAUGUUGUUAACUUGAUAUAAUUCUUUAGAGGUGACACAAAAACACAUAUCAUACAUGAUCAGACUAAGCAGUACUGAAUACAAUGAUCAGUUCCCAAAGGAAAGUUUUGUACAGUGAUAAUGUCAGAAUACCAGAUUCACAAGUCUAAAUCUAUACAUUCAUUAAGGCUGCUGAUUGGUGUGACUGACAGCCAAAGUAAAAGUAGUCACAGUGAAGAAAACUUCUCUUAAAUUAUUAUAUGCCAGAGGUGUUUUAAUAUUGCAGCUCACUGGCUGGAGGUUGUGUAAAAGCAUGAUUUGAUAUUGUUUGGAAAGUCGAAGUGUCUCAAAUUGAAAAGCAGAUAUGCAGUUGGAAGUACUGUUCUUAUGUACAACAUUUAUUGUUCUCAAAUGGCCAAGACUGCAUGUACAUUCCACACCGAUAUAUAAAAGACAUCCAAUAAAAACACCUAUUUUGAGGUA